AUGGCUGAGCUUGCUGGCGAGAGUACCUUCGAGGUAGCCCGAACUGGCUGUGAAACCAAGUGUUUUAGGGGAGGUGUGAGUGAUGUGCCAGUGCUCCCCAAGGAGAAUACCCUGGGGCAGGAUGUGGGCAGUCCAUCCCAACUCCCACCCAGCAAGGAGAGCGCUUCCAGGCCUGAGCAUCCUGAUGGGGAGAGCAUCCCAGUGCCCGCUGCAGAGGGAGCGAGCAGCACCUCUGCAGACACAGACAACAGCGCCGGGGCCGAGAGUGACUUGCUGGGUGCUGGCGAGGACCUGGUGAGCGGCACCUGGGAGGGGGCACCCCCAGGGAGCCAGGAGCCCUCGCUGCCCCUGGAGCUGCUGUGCCAUGCUGUAGAGGGACUCUCGCCUGCAGCCUGGGCCGAGGAGCCAACGGGGGCAGACGAGAACGCAGGCUCACCGCAGCAGCACUGGUGCAGCCGGGAGGCUGAGGAGGAGGAUGGUAUCCGCAGCGGCUCCCCAAAGGCAGAGCAGGCCAGUGCUGGGACCCUGAGCCAGGCCAGCCCAGGCACAGAGGAGAGCUGGGAUUCACUGUUCAACGAUGACGGGGACUGCCUGGACCCGCGCCUGCUGGAGGAGCUCUCGGGGGGUGAGAAGUGCCGGGAGAGCCGGCAGUCACCUCGCUUCAACUACUAUGGGGCUGAGCCCGCUGCACCAGACCUCAGUGAUGCCGAGCUGCCCCACGUCAUCGAGAUCUACGAUUUCCCCUCGGAUUUCCGCACUGAGGACCUACUGCGUGUCUUCUGCAGCUAUCAGAAAAAAGGCUUUGAUAUUAAGUGGGUGGACGAUACGCAUGCCCUGGGCAUCUUCUCCAGCCCCAUAACAGCACGCGAUGCCCUCAGCACCAAGCACCUGAUGGUGAAGACUCGCCCGGUCUGCCAGGGCACCCGCGCCUCUAAAGCCAAAGCCAGGGCGUAUGCUGACUACCUGCAGCCGGCCAAGGAGCGGCCUGAAACAUCGGCCGCCCUGGCCAGGCGGCUGGUGAUCAGUGCCCUGGGGGUACGCAGCAACCAGACGCCAGCCCAGCGAGAUGCCGAGCGGAGGAAGCUGCAAGAAGCCCGGGAGAGGAAGCGCCUGGAGAACAAGCAGCGGGAGGAUGCCUGGGAGGGCCGGGAGUGA